AAUAAUAAUAAUAAUAAUAUAGAAAAAAAAUGAGUAAAAAGAGACCAAAGAAUAUUCACCCAAAAAUAGCCAAUGCCAUAAUCACUUCAGUUGAGAUUCCAUUAUUACCUGCAGACAUUCGCAACACGUUCACUAGACCAGACACAAUUAGAUUAUAUAUACCUAAAGAAGAAGAAAGAGACAGUGAAGAAGAAAAAGAAGAAGAAGAAGCAUUAAACAAGUUGAGACAGAAAUAUAAGAAAAAGAGAAUUAAAAAGGUGAUUAGAAAAAUAAGGAAUUCUGUAGGUGGAAUACGAUUCACUGUGGUUUGGGAAAAUGAUGAAGAAGAGGUAUAUUAAAUAGAAUUUCGCCCCUGUUGAAUACUGAC